AUGUGUCGGGCGAAAGUUCCAAAGUUUGUCUUCCUUAUUUAUUACUCUCUGUUAUCAAACAUAACUGUCCUCAUCUAUCUAUCUAUCUAUCUAUCUAUCUAUCUAUCUAUCUAUCUAUCUAUCUAUCUAUCUAUCUAUCUAUCUCGUCUAUUUCUCUCUUUCUCUUUCUUUCUUUAUAUCAGUCUUUCUCUAUCUAUCUAUCUAUCUAUCUAUCUAUCUAUCUAUCUAUCAAUCUAUUUAUCUCUUUCUAUCUAUCUAUCUAUCUAUCUAUCUCGUCUAUUUCUCUCUUUCUCUUUCUUUCUUUAUAUCAGUCUUUCUCUAUCUAUCUAUCUAUCUAUCUAUCAAGUCUAUUGCACACUUUCUUUCUUUCUGUCUAUAUAUCUAUCUAGUACAUUUCACACUUUCUAUCUAGUCUAUUUCUCUCUUUCAUUUUUCUAUCUAUCUACCUGCCUACCUAGUAUAUUUAUCUCUUUCUAUCUAUCUAUCUAUCUAUCUAUCUAUCUAUCUAUCUAUCUCGUCUAUUUCUCUCUUUCUCUUUCUUUCUUUAUAUCAGUCUUUCUCUAUCUGUCUAUCUAUCUAUCUAUCUAUCUAUCUAUCUAUCAAUCUAUUUAUCUCUUUCUAUCUAUCUAUCUAUCUAUCUAUCUAUCUAUCUAUCUAUCUAUCUAUCUCGUCUAUUUCUCUCUUUCUCUUUCUUUCUUUAUAUCAAUCUUUCUCUUUCUAUCUAUCUAUCUAUCUAUCUAUCUAUCUAUCUAUCUAUCUAUCUAUCUAUCUAUCUAUCUAUCUUUCUUUUAUCUUUCUAGAUAUAUAUAUAUAACCUAUUUAUCUCUAUCGAUCUAUUCAAUAUCUAUCUAUCUAUCUAUCUAUCUAUCUGUCUGUCUGUCAUAUAAUAUCCAUCUGUUCAUAUAUAUCUAUCUAUCCAUCUGUUCGUAUCUAUCUAUCUAUCUAUCUAUCUAUCUAUCUAUCUAUAUCUAUUUCUAUACGAACAGAUGGAUAGAUAUAUAUGAACAGAUUGAUAUCUAUCUAUCUAUCUAUCUAUCUAUCUAUCUAUCUAUCUAUCUAUCUAUAUAUCUAUCUACUUCAUCUCUCUACUUCCUUUUCUCUUUUUCUAUUCGUUUCUUAUUUUUCCUACCAUUUUCCUGUUUUUUUUCUAAAUUUGAUCCAUUCUUUCUUUCUAUUUUAUUUUUUCCGUAG